AUGUUUGGCAGAAAACCGAAACUUCCAGUAGAUAUGCUAUUUCAACAAGCAAAUGAUCAAACAGAAGAGAAAACAGUAAAUGAAUACUCUGAAGACCUAAAAAAAAGAAUAGAGAAGACAAAAGAAAUUGUAGAACAACACACUGAAAAGGCAAGACAGAAACAAAAGAAGUUCUUUGAUAGAAAAGCAAAAGCUGUAAAAGUAUCUGUAGGUGACAAAGUGUUAGUAAAGAUCUUGAAAUUUGAUGGUAAACACAAAAUUGCGGACAAAUUUGAGGAAGAACUUUAUGAAGUUAUUGAACAACAAAGAGGAAACAUCCCAGUGUAUAAGGUUAAAGCAGAAAGAUCAGGCAAAGUUAAAACUCUUCAUAGAAAUCACUUGUAUUUGGUCAAUGAUAAAGACAAUACAAAUGAGGUCAAUGAAAGAGUUCAAUCUCGUACAGAAACACAAGUGAGAGGAAAUGAACAGGUACCUGAGAAGAGAUUAACUUCAGAUAAAGUUGAUCAGCCAAAUGGCAAAGAGAUAAAGAAAAGAGAAGAAAAAGUUAGUGACGUCACUGAUGAGGAGUCUGAUGAAGAGACUGGAUUAACAUAUGUGUUACCCACAUAUCGACAUGAGGACGCUCAUGAUCCGGAUACUAGUUCUGAAACACAGAGAAUAGAAAGUGAGAAAGAUGAAUGUGUGCCUGAGGUCUUAACUACAGAGAGUAUUGAAACAGAUACAGUUGGGAUUGAUGUUCUGUCAGAUCAUCAUACGACAAUAGUUAAGAAGAUUGAUGAAGAAAAGGAAAAAGGACCUAAUACACCAAAAGAUCAAACGGGAUGUACAAAUGCAUUUGUAGACAACACAGAGAAGAGAGACACAGAUAUUGUGAUACAAAAUAUAGAUAACGAAGUGACAGUUGGAAGUUCAGAUAAUGUAGGUGCUAUAGGUGACAAUAUUAGUGAAAGUGAAAAAAGUAAGAAACAUAAGGGAGUUAUAGAAUUAGACAAAGAUUCUACUACAGACACAAGGAAUGUUUUGAUAGGACAGAAAGAUAAAGACGAAAAAGCUAAACAAAUUAUAAAUGUGUCUCCACCAAAAGCAGCACCUAGACGCUCCAAGAGAGAUAAGAAAGAACCAGAAUGGCAUAAAGAUUAUCAUAUGAAACAAAUGAUAUAUUAUGUGUAA